AUGGCCUCACACAACACCCACCCUUCCACCAAAGCCCUGCAUGCAGACGAUACCUUAAAUCAAGUGACCGACGUCGCACCCCCAAUCCAUCUCUCUACAAUCUUCCGAUACCCCAAUGAUCCAGAUCAACUCAUGCCGUCCGAGGAUCCGGUAGAUGAAUUCAACGGCAAGAACUAUGUCUAUUCCCGCGAAUUUGCGCCCAAUGCAACUCGCUUUGAAGCAGUGCUCUCAUCCCUGAUAGGCGGGCACGCAGUGAGCUACUCAACAGGUCUAGCAGCCCUACACGCCGCUCUCACACUGCUCAACCCACGCAACAUCUCCGUCGGCGAGGGAUACCACGGCAGCCACGAAGUCAUCGCGGUAGUAUCACGUCUGUCCGGGCUACAGAAACAUGCUCUAGACUGUCCCGUCGAAAGCCUGGGCCCCGGUGAUGUUAUCCUACUAGAGACGCCCGUCAACCCGCUGGGGACGGCAUUCAGCAUCGAGGAAUACGCGCGCAAGGCCCACUCCCGCGGGGCAUUCCUCAUUGUCGAUAGUACGUUUGCGCCGCCUGGCUUGCAGGAUCCGUUCCUGUGGGGCGCGGAUAUCGUCAUGCAUUCCGGCUCCAAGUAUUUCGGUGGACAUAGCGAUUUGCUUUGUGGAGUGCUUGCUACGAAACGCGCGGAUUGGACGAAGCGGUUGUUUGAGGAUAGGAUCGCGCUUGGGAGUGUCAUGGGGAAUAUGGAGAGUUGGCUUGGUAUCCGGAGUCUGCGAACGCUGGAGGUCCGGGUUCAGCGGGGGAGCCAGAAUUCGGCGAGGUUGAUUUCUUGGCUUCGUACUGCUAUGCAAGCAUCGUCUCCUGCUGAUGGUAGUGAGGAGAUGGUUGUUCAGUCGGUUUUACAGAAGAUUCACCAUGCUAGUUUGCAGGAUGAGCCGUGGUUGCAGAAGCAGAUGCCUAAUGGGUUUGGUCCUGUAUUCUCUAUUGUCCUGCACAGUGAGCAGUUUGCGAAGGUUUUGCCGACUAAGCUUCACUUCUUCCAGCAUGCUACCAGUCUAGGCGGGGUUGAGUCUUUGAUUGAGUGGCGGGCUUUGUCGGAUUCCAGGAUUGACCGGAAGCUGCUGAGAGUUAGCGUUGGGCUGGAGAACUGGGAGGAUCUGAAAGACGACUUGCUGCAGGCAUUCAAGUCGCUGUUGGGAUGA